GUCGGCUGAAAGAGCCGUCCGGACUUAUCACGACUUCUCGAAUAAUCUCAACAAUGAGGAAUUCCUCAUUCUACCAGUUACUCCGAAUAAAAAUAUCAGUUUUUGGCAAAAGUUUAGUGAAAUCCUUGUCAUUACUACGCAGUUUCAAACUCUAGCAUUGCACUUGUAGCUUUAUUUUUUUCAAUCCUUCUUUCUGGCUAUUUAAAUGUACACAUGUUGAAAACAUGUCAACUUCACCAGGCGUUCGUGAAGCGAUGGUGGAUGUUACAUAACAUGCAGUGUAAUGUGGCUCCAACGAACACAAACCCAGUUCGUGAUCAGUGUCAGGAAAUCCGGAGGAACAUGAAGGGGUUUAGUCAUAGCAUGAGUUCGAGUCGAAUGCAUUUGAGAAUCAGGAAUUGAAGAAGUUUGGGACGGACACGUGAAAAUCAGCCAGCUGAACUUCGUGUCGCUUCAUGUGAAACUCCGUGACUACCCAGGGUCGCCACCCCUUGUUCUUUCUCUCUGUAUUCACUUCUCUUUCCCAUUAGGUUUGCAAUUUCUUAGAGCUGGGUUUAGGAGUGAUUUGUUUCGUCAGGAAUCACACAACGAACUUUUCUGCGCAAGCAUGGGUGUCAUCAGUGCGGUGCAAGGCACAAAGCAGACGCAAUCGCUCCUUUGAGACAUUCACAGUCAACACGAGUGGGCGGGAGAGGCUCGGACAUGUGCAUGACAGGCUGGACCCAAGAUAACCUUCAUGUUUAACUCUGAUUCUUACCCAUCUUUUCACGACGUCCUAAUUCUGAUUUGACCAAAACUUUUUUGGAUACUUUCUGCAUUGCACCCCGUAUUUGAUCCUGUGGCAAACUCCCUGAUGACUACACAACUACAAGGAAAGAUCGCGCGCUACCAAAACGGACAUCUCAACGUGGGGUUGCAAACUUCCAACAACGCACAGAGAGAAAGAGAGAAAGAAGGGAAAGAGGAGAGCGUCACGGAAAUUGGCGAAGCAGAAGUGGCCUCGCAGGCGGCGUUCGACAAGGGAAGGAGGCCGAGCACUGAGGGAGUUCGUUGAGAAGGUUCAGAAGCAGUGGAUGGCAGCAGCCAUAGACAGCGAUUCAGAAUUGGACGAAGAGGCAGAGAGUGAAGAAGAACACGCAGAAAGCAGCACAGCGUCACUCAGAAAGACAAACCCAGCAUUGAUCUGGCUCCAAGAGCAUCAAGACGCCGGCAACAGAGCCAAAUGCACAGGAUUCGGCGUCAAGCAUCCAGACCGAUCGCCAUGGAAGCACUAGUUCAACCACGGCCUUCGCACAGACAGAGGAGACCAGUUUUAGGGUUAGGGUUUCUGAUGCUUCUCGAAUUCCAUGGGGCGAGCUCGAUUCCAUGCUCUGGUGUCAUCUUGUCCAAUUCAGCAUGUAUUCACUUGCAUUUGUUUGAUUAAUCUUUUAUUUAUUUCUGUGUUGUUUAGAUUGUAAAAUGAAGUAAAAUAAGUGUCCAGACUGUGAAGUUAGAGAAAAAUAUUUAUUUACAAGAUUUUUGUUUUGUUUUGUUUUGUUUUUAUUUUGGUUUCUUUUGUGUGGGUAAUAUAUCUGAACAAAUGUUAUGGUUGUAUGGUGUUCUUUUUCCAUAGAAUGAAGAAUAUACAAUUACGUUUGUGUAUUUUUAUUUACCUAUGCUUGUAUACAAACAAAUUUAAUCUGCAACACAGAAUUUUAUUUACUCUAUACGAUUGAAUUUGAAUUUAUUUAUUUAAUUAAUAUUUAGAGGAUUUGUAGGAAUUAAAAUUGGGUUUUUGCUUGCCUCCGCUAUCUUGAAUGCGCCGCUUGAAAGCUGUUGUUGUUGUCGAUUGAUGAGGAGCAUGAACCGGGACGAUCUCUAGCCUCGUGUGGGGGUGAUGCACUUGAGUUGGAUCACGCACUCUUCUUCGUCCUGCGUUCUGUUGUGGGUUUUCUUCAUGCGUGCUGGCGCGUGCUUGGGAUGUAAUCGAUUUGGAACGACCUAAGACACGGGACUGUCAUGAAUGUGUCACUCCAUGACUUCUAUCAAGCCAAGGGGUUGGUGGUUGCCAAACAGCCUUGUUGAUGCCCAAUUUCUGUUGCGAGUGCGUUGUGAAAGCCUGCGGAGUUAGUGCAUCGUCUGCGGCAUGGAAAUGUCUCCGCUUCGCAUUUGACCUUGGGUUCGGGUCGAUUACGCACACAGUCUGCUAGUGGAAUGCCGAUUGAGCGAGAUUCUCAAUCCCGGCGAUGAGAGGAUCCACUUCAAACCCGUUUUCAGUGGCCACGUUGUAACCGGAGCCUCGGGUUUGAUAUGAUCAGAGUUUGGUGGUUUUGGUCUUGCUCAUCCUUCAGUGGUGAUUUCCUUAGCGGUAUGGCUCUGACUGGCGUUUUUGUAGCACUGAAAUAUUGGAAUGGCACGUGAGGUUGACCCAUGAACCUCGGGGUGAGGAUUCGAAGGAGCUCUCACAAAGAGGGCGUGAAGACUACGCUUUGAAAAACAUGAAGAGGUAUGCGAGGCUUCGGCAGGAAUUGUGCGGAAUGUGACAAUGUGUUGUACAGUGGGAGUCCGGAGGAUUACUCUGUCGACUGUGACAUUGCGCAGUCUCCAUGGAGGCUAUCAGAGAGAUCUGCCUUGCCUCAACGAGACUCCUCGCCCGAUGUGCGGCCCACGCAGCCUGUGGGCUCAUCCGCAACUGGCCCGCCUUUCCCCAGCGAUUUGACCGAAGCUUUCAAAAUGCUGGCCGCGCCUCAAGAUUACGGGUCGCGGAGAUUUAGCGAGCAGCGUGAAGUUGGGACUGCUAAUGACGAUAUCCGGUCACGAUCUUCGACUGAGAGGUGGCCCAACGAUGCACAGGACGGCGAGUGUGAUUCCCAGGAUCCUGAAGGAAGUGGGCGAUGGGGGUCAGCGGAAACGGCGUCCUUGUGUGCGCGGUGGGGCUCAGUGAGCACAAACGAUCAGUGGGACGAGGCUGAACAGGGUAUGGACUCCUUCCGUGAUCCUCUCUCCCCAUCUCCAUCGAGUAGACUGUCGCAGGAGGAGAAGCCGCAGACAGGUUCAACCACUGCACCUUCACAUUCAGCGUCCAUCGAGAGAAAACCUUCGCUGCGAAACGCUCCCAGUCAAGAGUGGCUAAACGCGCUCACGGGUCACGCAUCUCCAACAUCUCGUCCGACAGUCCACGCUUUUCCAGACAACGGUAACGACCAUCUGCACCUCACCCCUCCGUCAGUUCAACGAAACACCUUCUUGCAAGAGACGCAGGGAUGGCUAACAUCCGUCAUACGCCCCUUGCAAUCACGAAAACACAACCCAUGGGAGGAUCCCAGCGAGUUCAACUGGUGAGCCGCAGCGCCAACAACAACAACCACCACCACCACCCCAACAACAUCAGAUUCUCCCACGGGGAGACGACGACAUCCACUGACUGGUUCCCAAUCCAUGAGAUACAACCGCCUGAGGUCAUCAGACCUACUGACAAGCUCCGGCGGCGAAACAGGAUUCAACGACGGUGAUCACCACCGCAUCCACCCUGUGAUGAAGAAAGCAGCAUCUAUGCGAGAGCACAGGCUCCAUGGGGGUACUACAACAGCCAUAGCAAGAGCAUGCAGUGAGAAGUAUGGGGUGAUGCAAGCAAUCCUGGACUGUGUUUCCUGUGGGCGAGCCUCACCACCCAUUGUGCAAGACUAUUCCUGCCGCCAGCACGGUGUCGGUGACUUGACCCGCAAUGCAAGCACCAGAUCCGACUGCACCAACUCCAAGCGCGAAGGGGUGAUGCAUUUCUGCCGCCAGUUUAUACGCAUUGGGAAGAAGCUGGACAAAACGAGUUGAAGGCAUAUGAGGGCGGGGAUCUCACUCACUCACUGGCUCACUCGCUCACUCUCAUCGUGAACUUGUGGCGUGGAUCCGAGCGAUGGCUCCUCGCACAACAACCAUGUCGGUAGCACAAAAAUGCGCACUAGAAAAACCACACCUUUGCACAGCUUGCUCGUGUUCUAAAUCGUUCACGCUUGUGUGCUGAAUCUGUGUGUAGCUCGGUUGGAUUGAGAUGGGUGCAUCCUCAUGAUUUGAGCAUCAGUUUACUUCGGUGGAUUCUCAGUUUGCAUCGAAUUCGUUGUCAUGGAACUGCUCAGUGUCAAGAAUUGACUGACUCUGGUUGUGGACUCUGGCGUUUUUGGACAUGUCGGUAGUCGGUGUUGAUGUGUGAAGGUUGCCUUGUGUGAAAAUUGAUUUACAAUUUCCAUUAAGAAAAUGGACAUUUCAUUGCAGGUUCUA